GCGAACACGGCCGCGCUGCAUGCAACCUUCUUCCCGCGUAUGGUGCGCUUGACGCCUCCACAUGGGCUGGCCCUCUGCCCUCUUGCGGCCCUAGUCCGCGCUCCUCAGGCACUCAGCGCUCGCUCCUGGUGACAUGACUGAGAUAUGUUACUCACUCGGUGCCACUGUGAUCAGAAAAUAGUGAUACGAAUGAUUUGUGAGGGUAUUGUCACCUGCCACUGACUAUGACGAAGAGAUUGAGAGUGCAGGAGGCAGGCAGGGGAGCCCUGCUCAUCACAUACCUGCUAAUGUGGGCGGCAGGAGGGGUAUUAGGCAUGACAGCAGAAGGCCCUGUGGUUCUCAGCACCCCCAGUGGUAAACUCCGGGGGGAGCGGUACACGUUGGCCGACGGGUCCAGAGGCAUGAGGUUCCUUGGCAUCCCCUACGCCCGUCCGCCCAUUGGACCUCUGCGCUUCACCGCCCCGGAGGAGGCGGUACCCUGGGAAGGGGUGCUGGAUGCGCGCCAGUUUGGCGCGAUGUGUUACCAGCCGCUGGAGAACGAUGUGUGGGACACCGUCGAGUCCAAUGUUGACAUCGACCACCUCGAGGACCAGCUGAGGAAGGCUCUGGCGAUGGAGCUCGGGGAAGAACUGCACGAGGAGGAAGUGGAGGAGCUGGAAGACGAAGUGAGAAAGACGGUGGAGGAGGCACAGAGACUGAAAAAGAAGAUAAAGGAUAAGGAAUGCCGAGAGGUGGAAGUGGACGUGGCGAGGCCUGAGUGUUUGGAGUGGAAUCUUGACGUUAGGGUGUCAGGAGACGUGGAAGUGUUUCGGACGAGUAGGCAAAACGUGGCCUCACAGACGCUAAGUGACGCUAGAAGCGAGAGUAGUAAUAGUUCUCAUUUAAGUGACAAAUCCAGUAGUGACGAAACACGUUAUAAUAAUAAAGAUAUGUUGUUGUUGAGAAGACUAAGAAAUAUAAAAAGUUCAGAUAAAGAUCUUUCUGAGACCCCAGAGCCCGUGAUGGCAAUAAGUGCGCAUAUAGACGGCGUCUCCGGCUCCUUCCCAACAGCGUCGCAGAAGAUCAACGAGAGCGUCAAAGAAAAAGACACACUAGACAAGAUUGACCCUCUGGUGAGACGGAAGGAUCCCUUCAAGGAGGAGAGACCGUCGGGGACUCAGGAGACGAAGCCCGAGAGGGAGUCGUCGAGCAGGAACGCCAGCAGGAGCGACGGCCCACAAGAACACAGAGAGUACCUCUAUAUGGAGCAGAAACAUAUUGGGGAAUACCACAUGUCCGAAGACUGUCUCACCCUUAACGUCUACACGCCGAUCCUAGAAGGCGCCGGCAGCGGUGGCGGCGGCGGACGGUGGCGGGGGAUCAACACCACUAUGCCCGUCCUGCUCUUCAUUCACGGCGGCUCGUUCUUCUCCAACGGCGGCCGCCUCUACCCGGGGGAGAAGCUCGCCUCUGAGGGCAUUGUCGUCGUCACCAUCAACUACCGCCUCGGCCCCUUCGGGUUCUUGUCAACGGGGGACUCGUCGUCCCUGGGCAACUGGGGGCUGCUGGACCAGCGCCUGGCCAUGCUCUGGGUCCGCCGCCACGCCACCUCCUUCGGCGCGCACCAGGACAAGUUGGUGCUGGUGGGCAACUCCGCCGGCGCCGCCUCCGUCCUCCUCCACCUUGUGUCUCCACUUUCCCAGGGGCUGUUCACGCGGGCGGUGGCCAUGUCUGGGUGCUCGCUGGCCCCGUGGUCCCUCCAGGCGCGCCCACACCACUUCGCCCAGAAGCUGGCGGGAGACGUGGGAUGUCCACAGACCCCGUCUCAAGACCUGGUGGACUGUCUCAGGCUCACUGACGCCCACACCAUCAACCAGGUAUACGAGAAGAACAACGUACAGGACGGGUUAUGGCUGGCCUUCGCCCCAGUGGUGGAGGGCGACCUGCCGGGCGUGUUCCUGCCGAAGGCCCCGAGGAGAGUGCUGGAGGAGGGCCUGGUGCCCGCCACGCCUCUCAUCAUGACCCUCACCAGGGAUGAAGUUUCCAUCUGGUUCAGGAAAAGAAGCAACCAUAUCAGCCUAAGCGACGCAGAGAACUGGAUAGACAUGUUAAUGCAACAGAAGUUCCCCGAGCUGGAGCCGCUGCCCCUGGCGGCCGUGAUGCACGCCGUCAGAGCCUCCUACCUCUACCGUCACGGCUACUACAACACGCCUACAGUCCGGCACCCCAUGGUACCCAUCAAGGUCAUGGCCGAGUUGAUCUCUGACCUUGGUCUGCGGGUGCCGUGUGUGGAGGAGGCGGGGCUGCUGAGUCGCUGGACCAACCUCUACUUCGCUGAGUUCUCCUACUCCUCUCCGGACGAUGUGCGCGUAGGCGACCAGAAGUGGAUAGGAUCGUACCAUGAGAGCGACCUGCAGUUCAUGUUUGGCCAACCAUUUCUGGGUUUGGUCAACACCCUACGAGGCCCACACGACCGCUCCGUCGCCACCACCAUCAUGAGGCUCUUCGUCUCCUUUGCCCACACCGGCAGCGUGCCGGAGAUGCGAGGACUAGAGUGGCCGGUUUACAACCAGAGCCACCUGGUCCACCUGGAGAUGAGUGACAGCCUCUCGCUCAGCAACAACCUCGUCCUCCACAGGCUGUGCUUCUGGCAACGGUUCAUCCCCCUCAUGACAGCGUGGCCAAUGAAGGCCCCGAAGGACAAGAGCAGCAUAUCGCCGCCCAUCACCACGCCCACGCCCACACUGCUCGUCCUCCUCCUGCUGCUGCUGCUGCUGCUGCUGCCACUUCUUCACCAUGCUCGGACCUAGAGCACCACCACCAAGUCAUCCCCCCAAUCGCCCUACACCCACUACCUACCUCCACUAUCCUCACCCAUCUUGUUACAUUUAUAUAAAUUUUAUCUUAUUGAUCAAUUUUGUAGUAACUAUAGACAGAGACGG